AGGCCAAGAUCUUAACUGAGCCCAAUCAGCAACUCGCACGAAAAACUCAGCGACUCGAGGGAGAGACGAAAGAUGGAGAAGAUGAUCGCAGUGGGUGUGGUAUGGGGCGCCACAAACGCUAUGAUGCACCGGGGUGCGCUUCUCUGGGAAGAAGCUCUGAAAUCCUCUGCAAAGCCACAUCCACACUCAACUCUCGCCCAAAAAUUCCUCAUUUCUCUGGGAAACUGGAUGAAGCUUCUCUCCAUAUGGCAAUAUUCGAUUCCUUUCCUCAUCAACCUCUCCGCCUCCGCUACCUUCUUCUACAUUCUCUCCGACGCCCCUCUUUCCCUCGCCGUUCCCGUCACCAAUGCCACCACUUUCGCCGCUACCGCCAUCUUCGCCAUUCUCCUCGGCGAACACACCCACCUCCCCCGCGCUUUCUUCGGUACUGCACUUAUCGUCCUCGGCCUUUGCUUAUGCAUCAAUUCCUAGCCCUAGCUUUUCCCCAAUCUCUAUUUUUAAG